AUGGAUUGCUUUGACAUUAAAGUCGAAAAAGCCAAUGCAAUCUUGAGGUACAACAGGCAUCAAAAGAUCACAACUCUCUUCAGGUUUAUAGAGGUAUGCAUGUUUCUCUUCAUUGUUUCAAGGAUUUCCACUCAUUUGCCAUUGGCUUUCAAAGUAUGCCGCGAUUGCAUACAAGCUCUCUCCAUCACUAUUUCUAGUCCCGGAUUCCUCUUCGUCCUUGGAAAUGCAAUCGUUGUCGUUCUCUUCAUGAAAUCUGGACACCUCUCUGCUCAAGAAACCAAGAACCUGAACCCUGCCAUUGAGUUUUGUAAUGAGUAUGUUGAAGGGUGUGAGAACAAAAUGAAUAUCAAAGUCAAGAAACAGAGGAGAAAGCAGGGGAAAAAACAGGGGAACUGUGAAGAAAACGAAGUUGUACUAGAUUUGUGUAGUUUUGAGGAUAGAACGAUGCGUAGGAGUCAAUCGGAGAAUUUCAUGAAAUACGAGCCUCAAGAUUCCUGCAGGAAGCUGAGGCGAACUGUGACAGAAAAUGGCAGCACACCAUCUGUGCACAAGACUGGGGAACAAAGCUCUAAACCUAAAUAUUACGCGGAGGAUGAAAUGAGUGGCGAAGAGUUCAGGCAUGCAGUAGAAGCUUUUAUUGCGCGACAACAGAGAUCUCUGAGGGAAGAAUGUUCAUCUAUAGUAACUUAUGGAACUUAG